CUGUCUCCUUGUUCGUGGAAACUGGGGCUGUUGAGAAUUCCGACCUCUAAUUCCGGUUCUAGUCUUCAUUCAGCCGCCUUGCUCUGUCUCUGUGUCUGUCUGUGCGCCGCCGCCGCCGCCGCGUCAAGUCUUCGGCAACUGAAAACCCCCGUCCUUUCUGGUUUUCUUCAGCCUCCCAUCCCGAAUAUCCCAUUCCCAACCCCGGCCAUGGCGGCGAGUGCAAAACGAAAGCAGGAGGAGAAGCACCUGAAGAUGCUCCGGGAUAUGACGAGCCUGCCUCCCAAUAGAAAGUGCUUUGACUGCGACCAGCGCGGCCCGACCUACGCCAACAUGACUGUGGGCUCGUUCGUCUGCACGUCUUGCUCGGGCAUCCUACGAGGCCUAAAUCCACCCCACAGAGUGAAGUCUAUCUCCAUGACUACCUUCACACAGCAGGAAAUAGAGUUUUUGCAGAAACAUGGCAAUGAGCUAUGCAAGCAGAUUUGGUUGGGAUUGUAUGAUGACAGAUCUUCUAGUAUUCCUGACUUCAGAGAACCACAGAAAGUGAAAGAAUUCCUUCAAGAAAAAUAUGAAAAGAAACGAUGGUAUGUCCCUGCGGAACAAGCAAGGGUUGUUGCGUCGGUUCAUGCUUCAGUGUCGGGUUCCUCCGCCAGCAGCACAAGCAGCACCCCUGAAGUCAGACCGCUGAAGUCGCUUCUUGGAGAGACUGCACCAGCACUGCACUUAAAUAGAAGCACACCAAGCCAAUCUCCGGUGGUUAGUCGUGUACAAGCGCAGCAACAGCAUCAUUUCCAACAAGAUAAGAAGCAGUUUGAUCUUCUCAGUGAUCUGGGAGGUGAUAUCUUUGCAGCUCCUGCUCCAGUCCCAGCUCCAACCUCUCAGUCUACAGGCUUUGCAAACUUUGCAAAUUUCAACAGUCAUACAGCUCAGAAUAAUGCAAACGCAGACUUUGCAAACUUUGAUGCAUUUGGAAAUUCUAGUACAUCGGGUAAUUUUGGAGGUUUCCCCACAGCGAGUCAGCUACCGUUCCAGCCCCCGAAUACAGCGUUCAGAACGCUUUCAUCCAGCUGCAGUUUUGGUGAAUUUACUACAGCUUUCCCUCUUCAUGCUGCACACAGAAGCAGCUCUGGAUUACCUAAUGCCAAUUUUGCACAUUUUGACAACUUCCCCAAAUCCUCUAUUGCUCAUUUUGGAGCCUUCAGUUCCACCCAGAGUAAUGCAACAGAACCCCCCAAAGCUGCUGUAGACAAACAUAGCGCCCACAGUGGAGAUAAAUAUGCAGCUCUGGCUGACCUGGAUAACAUCUUUAGCUCUGAUAAACCUGAUCAAGGGGUGAGUGGACCGGUGAGCAGCACUGGUUCUGCUCCAUCUGUGACAGCUGUAUCCACUUCAAGUCAGCCUUCAUCGGUAGGAGGAGACAGAUAUGCUGCAUUGGCAGAGUUAGACAGUGUCUUUAGCACCCCAGCACCUACCAGUAAUGUCUAUAACGCACCCAGCAGUGUUAGCAGCAAUGUUUUCGGACCAGUAACUGGUGCAAGUCAAGCACAGACACAGGCAGUGAUACCCAGCAUCCCUGCAGGUUUUGGAGCCGCCACAUCAACAAAUCCUUUCAUGGCACCGAGUGCUGUUCCUCCAGCAUCUGCUCCAAACAAUCCGUUCCAGUCCAAUGGGAGAGCUACAGCGGCAGCAGCAGGCCUUUUAGGAGCACUGCACAGCCAAGCUUUUCAACAGGCUCACUUUGCUAGUUUUGGCACUGGCUCUUUGAGCAUGCCAGCAGGAUUCGGCGCAACAACUGCCUAUAAUCUUCCAACCAGCUUUAGUGGUACAUUUCAGCAGCCACCUUUCCCUGGCCAGGCAGCCUUCCCACAGCCACCAGCCUACCCACAGCAGCCCAAUGGUGCUGGGUUUGGAGCUUUUGGGCAAGCUAAGCCUGUUGUAACCCCGUUUGGCCAGGUGAUGGCAGCACCAGCAAUGCCUAGCAAUCCGUUCAUGGCUGGAGCUCUGCCAGGACAGUACCCAUCUGGAAGCUCUUCUACCAAUCCCUUCUUGUAGCCCCUUAAUUGUCAGCUGGGAAAUAGGAUCUGGUCACGUGGUAUCUUCUGAGCCUUGUGCACUGUUGUCUUGUUUCACAAACUUAGUUUUAAACUCACAAAAAAAAAAAAAACUCAAACUUUGUAAUUUUUAUUAAAAUGGGGGAAAAGAAGUAAUACGUGCAGAAGGCAGACAUGUUCUCCUUGAUAUCCUAUAUUUAAUCUGUGAACUGGCAAACAAACCACAUAGCCGUAUCAUGUAUGUUGAAACGGGCUAAUAAAUUAUUGCAAAUACCACAUCCAUUGUGCUGCAGUUCUGUACAUAAUUCUCUUAGGAAAUUUAGCUAUUUGUGCAUAUCAGUAUUUGUAUCUUUAACACAUGUAUGUUAUGUGAAAAUGUUACUUGGAGAAGUGAUGGGCUACUGCAGAGUGCUGUAUCUGUUUGAUUAAUAAUCUUUAUUAUAUUGAACAGUUGUGAUCAGUAGGUUUGCAAAGAAAGAGUGUUCAGUUCCCAUUUAAAAAUAAGUUUUUUUUUUUUUUUUUUUUUUUCUGUUACCCUAUGAAUUGUUUGGCUAGAUCUUGAAAUAUAUAUAAAUAAAAAAAUCAUGCUUCCAGGUGGUACAUAUAAUGUUAGAACAAAAGUAAAACUAAGACUACUUUUGUUGGGUGUUCCAAAAGAUAAAGUUAAUGUG